AGUAACCAAACAGCCCCUUGAGUUCACCGGAGGGUAAUCGGGUCCAGAAUCCGAACCUUUCUGAAUUUGGAAACGCAGUCGUUUUAAUGAAUUUUUUGCUUUUGUCAUUCCAGUCCACAUCCGUCCUUUAUCAUGUCCAGAGACAGGGAGAUCGGAAAAUCCUUCAGCCCCGACUUCGAUUGAGAGGAGGAAUAUUGAUUUACUCUGUACGGAUCGAUACACUCAUUACUUUCCAUAAUUCAGCUGGUAUGGCGGGUAGAGCUCAAAUUCCUACUAGCAACUCAGCUCUCAUCGCAAUGAUUGCUGAUGAGGAUACUGUGGUUGGAUUUCUUCUGGCUGGAGUGGGUAAUGUUGACUUGCGGAGAAAGACAAAUUACCUUAUUGUUGACUCAAAAACCACUGUCAAACAAAUUGAAGAUGCAUUUAAAGAGUUCAUUGCAAGAGAGGAUAUUGCAGUUGUCUUGAUUAGCCAAUAUGUUGCAAAUAUGAUAAGGUUUCUGGUGGAUAGCUACAACAAGCCUGUUCCAGCCAUAUUAGAGAUACCUUCAAAGGAUCAUCCUUAUGAUCCUGCACAUGAUUCAGUUCUUUCUCGAGUUAAAUACCUCUUCUCUGCAGAAUCAGUGGCAUCAGGGAGGCGCUGAGUGCAAUAUGGCAACAUUACUGCAGAUAAUGUUUUAUCCCAGCUAUUUAUAUAUUAUGAAAUCUAUCAUUCUUUCAGAUACAAAUGAUCCUUUGUGCUUUCCAUUAGUUCCAGUAUGCAACUUUAAAUUCAGAGUUUUAUACCCUAUUUAAAUUACAUUGAAUAAGCAUGGAGUUGAGUGCUGCUCUGUAUUUUUUCUUCUUCUUGUUGUUUUUCUCUUGUUUGAUGAGAGCUUUUCUUAUCAUGCAAGAAUUGUUGAGCAGAAUGACAUGACUAUGGUUCAUUCUGCCAUUCUUGACUUUACAGAUGCAAAUGUUUGAAACUUAACCUGCAGGGGAAAGAAUUACAAGUAAAAUGCUAUAAUUACA